UUGACACUUUGACACUUUGACAGUCGAUGGAUAACAUUCUCUAAUGCUAAACGCUAUUAUACCUGACACUGAACUGUUUCUGUUAAUAUUUUCGUGAUCUAAAAAUUGAAGUAUUAUUAUACCUAUCAGUAUAAUCAGCAUAUUAUUAGUAUCGUUGUAUCACAAUUCAAGGAUACUUAUAUAAACGAUUAAAAUGUAUAGAACAUUUAAUGUAGUUGAAACAUUAAUUUUAAGUUAAGUGGUACCUAUUUAGUAUUACAGAGUGUUCCUGCUGAAUUUUAAUAAUCAAAAACAAAUUUGAUGGUAUGUAUAUUACACAGGUUAAGCAUAACACUAUUGAUAUGCCUGAUAAUAAUUUAACACUUACCACUGAAGUAGAAGAACUAGAACCAGAACUACAGACAUGGAUACAUCCCAAUUAUGGUAUAAAAGAUGUAUGGGCUCAUAAUUUAGAAGAAGAAUUUGCAUCAAUACGAAAACUCUUACCAAAAUACUGUUAUGUAGCCAUGGACACCGAAUUUCCUGGAGUCGUGGCUCGACCAAUCGGUGAUUUCAAGACUGCUUCUGAUUAUUUGUAUCAGUUGUUACGAUGCAAUGUCGAUCUUUUGAGAAUUAUUCAAUUAGGACUUUCAUUUUUUGAUGAAGAUGGCAAAACACCUACUGGCCAAUAUACAACAUGGCAGUUCAAUUUUAAAUUUAAUUUAUCUGAAGACAUGUAUGCUCAAGACAGUAUAGAAUUAUUGACAAAUUCUAGAAUACAAUUUAAAAAUCAUGAAGAGAAUGGAAUUGAGCCGAUAGUUUUUGCUGAAUUCAUUAUAACAUCUGGUUUAGUAUUGAUGGAUAAUUUAAAAUGGAUGACAUUCCACAGUAGUUUUGAUUUUGGUUACUUGGUUAAAGUAUUGACUGAUGAAAAACUACCACAAGAAGAGUCUGAGUUCUUUGAAAUGUUUUCUCUGUACUUUCCCUGUGUGUAUGACAUAAAGUACCUAAUGAAGAGUUGUAAAAAUUUAAAGGGUGGUCUGCAAGAAGUGGCUGAUCAACUAGAACUGAAGCGUAUUGGCCCUCAACAUCAGGCUGGUAGCGAUUCUUUAUUAACAGGCAUGGCUUUUUUCAAAAUCAGAGAUAUGUAUUUUGAAGGAAUGAUUGACAGUAAAAAAUACUGUGGUCAUUUAUAUGGUUUGGGUAUUACCACUUUAAACAACGGUCAAUUUCGAUAUGACAAUGAAGGACCAUUUAAUUUGUAAAUAAAACUAUUAUAUAUUUUGUUCCCAUGGUCAUUGUUUGUUUUUUUUUUUUUAUCCAUAUUU